CGCUUCGCAUCUUCCCCGGGAUCUCCUUUUCCGCGCGGGAGAAAGCGCAGCGGCAGAGAUGGAGCCUAGAAACUGAUUCUGAAGAACUGGUGCCGGCUCUGGUCUUCCAUCCUGCCACUAACCACCGCUUUUAACACCCUGAGCUUCAGUUUCUUCAGUCAUAAAAUAAGAGCUGAGGUUCCAGAUACGGUAUAGAUGCUUAGGAUGCAGAUACCAAUAAGCUGUAUGCCCUCCUGUCCAGCACUUUGGCCAGCCACAUCCGACAUCCCUUCCGGAGAAAACUUCAUGACUCCUUAGCUAAGUCAGUCACCUCCUUGUGGUCCUGCAGUGCCACAUACCUCUGCUUCAUACCCACUUGCCAGGGCUCCAAUUUUACAUUUUGUAUGAAUCUUGUAUUCACCUCUGUCUCUCCCACCAGCCUGUAAGCCAUGGGAACACCAGGACCUUGCUUGUUUUAUGCUGUCUCCGCAAAUAUAGAACAAUUGCCAAGUGCCUCCUAAGUUCCUAAUAAAUAUUGAAAGGAAAAAGAGAAAAAUCAGUCCGUUUGUCAAAGCGGAUAGACACAGAAUCCACUAACUGUCCAGAGGGCAGCGGGGAAUUCCCUUGAGGGAGUGUGCCGUUUGGUCUGGAGUAGGGUGAGUCAGGUUUCGCCAGCAAGACUGAGGUCUUGAGAGUUUUCUCCUGGGGCUGAUUGCAUAUUAUCUUGUAACUCCUUACGUCCUUUCCUCUUGUCACCUUCUCUCUCCUUUCCCAUCUGGGCCACCCCUUCCUCCUCAGUGUCCCCCAAAGUUGAGUAGGGCAGCUGAGAGCCAUUCUUUUCAUCUUGCUUUGCAGACUGGGCCCAUCUUCUCCUUUCCCCAAGUACCCAAACAUGUUGAAAGUGGAAAAAAUAAAAAAGCCCUCCAAGAGACAGACACACUCAGGAUCAGGGGAGCUGGAGCCCUGUGUGUGUGCUGACUCCCCCAUGACCAGGUCCAAGAGCCCAGCUGCCACCCUUGCUUCUCCCUGCCCUGAGUUCAAUACCAGAGCUACUAACACUCCUCGUGGACUUGGCUGGGGCACCAGGGAGGACAUUUCAGGGACUGAGGUCAAACUUGAGUUUGUAGACAAAGAGAAGAAGGCCGGCAGUGGUCACAAGAAAAAGAUGAUAAGAUCUUGCAGCUCCCAAAUGGAGAGUGAAAGGGACCUGUCCCUCCAAAAGGGCAGCCCCUGCCUCCUCCCCAGUUGCCAAUCAGUCCCUUUACCUGGUCUGGACCAAGUUUUCCUGAAAAAGCAGGAAGGAGAUGCUCUCAGCCUACCUUCCUGUAACGAGAAGAGAAAAGCCAGCCCCCUAGGGAGGCCUGAUCUUCACCCAGCUUUGUCCCAUGCAGCCCUGUCAAGCCUCCCAAAGGCCUCUCAGGCCAGCCCUGGGCAGAAUAAGCUAAAUGGAGACUCUGGAAUCUGUGGCCUCCAGUGUAUGCUUGGGCAGCAGCACCCAUUGCAGCAUGAGAAGAAGAAGAAGGCAUCCAAGCAGAAGAAAUCACCCGGAUGGAGAGAGGAAGGAAAGCAGUCAGGAAAGAAGUUGAGGAGCCCACCAUUCAGCUCUGGCCAGGCCUCUUCUAGCCUAGUUCUGGUCCAGACCCUCCCCCAGUUCCCCCAGGUGACCAGUCCUGGCAAGUGUCAGGGAAACCAGGCUAAUGAGAAUGAGGAGGAAAGGCAGGCUGACAUCCUUAUAGCCCAUGUGGCCAGAGAGCUAAGACGCCUCAAGAAGUGUAAGAAAAAGCAUUUGCUUCCUGGCAUGGGGAAGAAGUUGGGGCCCCAACUGAGUCAGCAGAAGCCGCCCUGUUUGAAAAAGCUGAUCAAAAGUGUAAAACCAAAGACCAAGGGCUUGGAUUCUCAGUGGCCUACACCAGGCCCUCUGGACACCACGGGUCAGAAGCCCACCUCAGACAUCAGACAGUUCUUUGCCAUUGACUACAAGAAUGCCUGCCAUGUCACUUGCACGCUGUGUCAUGCCAGUAUCAGAUGGGGCAAAAUUAAGGAGCGACUCCAAACCUCGGAACUUGUCUGUCACUUGGCAAGUAAGCACAGGCUGGAGUGGGAGAAAAGGCAAACCACAGCCAGCCAAGGGAAGAAGGUGAGAGGGGCUGAGGAGAAAAAGCAGAAAGGUUUACCCAAAGAGAUCUCCAGUGUUGCCCCUGCGGGGCUCCCAUCACCAAGAUGUGACUCCGAUCCCUUCCUGUUUGAAGAUAGUGAUGGGGAGCAAACCCUGGGCAGGCGGGAGCAGCUGUUUCUGGUCCCAGCGUCUCUGCCCACUGCCACCAAAGACAAACCUGCUCCCUGCAAGGAAGUCAGGAAGGACUCGGGUAGUAGCUAUGCCUCCAAGCAACCCCGAGCACAGACCUGGAACCACAGCAUUGCAGAAUUGCUCUGUAGCAUGGCCUUACCAUUCUCCUUUGUUUCAUCCCAGCCUUUCAGGAGAUUUAUGGCCCAGGUUGACCCCUGCUACCAUCUUCCCUUGCCAGUCUUUUUCUCAGAUAAAGCCUUACCUCUGCUUCAUGAGGCUGUAGGUGAGCAGGUGCUUCAGGAGAUGCAGUGGGCUGAAGGGAACCGAGUUCACUUCACCACAUCCAUAUCAACCCAGGACUCAGCAGUAGACUACGUAGUGAUCGCUGCCCACUGGGGGCUGAUAAAGUCAGGUGGCAGGCGGGUGGCAUCAGGGAGCCUGAGGAAACAAGCUGUGCUCUGGGUCCAAGCCCUACCCGUGGAGAGAACUCCAGAGGACAGGCAGCUGGAGCUGGUGGAACAGAUCAAUCUGUGGCUCAGCCGCAGCUCCCUGAGGCCAGGCUUCCUAGUAUCAGGUGGCUGGCCCAACUUAGAGCGGACACUGAAGAGAGAGGGCUAUACCCACAUCCCUUGUUUUGCCCACUACCUCGACAACCUGGUGAGGAACUUUCUGUGUCACCAUCACAGUGCCCAGAUCAUCCUGGGCACAGCCAGGGCCAUCUGCGGCCACUUCCAAGGCUCUGCAGAGGCCCGGAGGCUCCUCACCCAGCUGCAGCACCAGUGUGGCCUCACAGCCCAGCAGCCCUUUCAGGAGAUCUCAGACCACUGGAUUUCAGCCUACCACCUGAUGGAGUGGCUGGUGGAGCAGCAGCAGCCACUGCAAGAGUAUGAGAAAAAACACCAGCUAGGGAAGGCUGGGACAGCCUUGUCUGCCAUGUUUUGGAGCCUGACAGAUAGUCUUGUCAAGCUCCUCCAGCCCUUCCAGAUGGUGGCCCUGGAGACAAGCUCAGCCCAGGCUUCUCUAAGCCAGGUGCUACCCCAGCUACGCUACCUGCAUAUCUUCCUGGAGCAGGUUCAUGGGCACUUUGUGGAGCAGAGCGCUGGGGAGAUGGGUACAGCUGUCCGGCUGGCGGAGGGCUUGGCUCUGCACCUCUCCACAGACCCUCCCAUCAAUGAGUUCUUCCACCGGGAGGAGUUUGUGCUGGCUACCUUACUGGACCCCCGUUUCAAGGGGAAGAUUGAGGCUAUCCUACCCUUGGGAGCUGAUAUUGAUCACUGGAAGCAAGUACUAGUGUACAAGGUGAAGGAGAUUAUGGUAUCUGAAUGCUCUUUGUCAGCCUCGUCCUCUUUGCAGUCCCAGAACAUACAGAAGCCCAAGGAUAUUCUUGUGGAUGCAGCCCUAAGUGGCGGAAUAGCCAGGAACCCCAGGACCAAGGGGAAGAGCCAGAAGGAACCAUUGCAAAAGAGAAGCUCUGGAUCUUUCCCACUCAUCCAGAAGGAGAAGAGCUUGUUGGAACAGCUGGAGAGUGUAGGGCUAUUGGCAUCCGAGAAGAGUGGAGCCUCGCUCUCCACAGAGAACCACCUGGCUAGCAUCAUAGUUCAGAAGUACCUGUGUGAGAAUGAGACAGUUGGAGCCCAGGAGGACCCCCUUGCUUACUGGGAGAAGAAAUGUGAAGUCUGGCCAGCUCUAGCAAGACUGGCCAUCCUCUAUCUUUCCUGUCCACCCACAGGAGCCUUCUCCAAAAGUAUCUUUGCCUCCCUGAAUAGCCCCACCAUCAGAGAGCAAAACUCCCCUCUCAAAGCAGAGACCGUUGAGCAUCUCCUCUUCCUAAAAACCAACCUGGAGAAUUUCCCCAACUACACUCCACCUCCCCUUGUCUUCUCUAGUAGUGACCUGACUCAGGAGGAGAAGCAGACCAUUUAGUCUGCCGAGUCUGUUUGGAUAGGUAGUGGUGAUCGUGUCACAUGGAUCCCUAGAAUCUCAGGAGCUUUGAAGAACACCUCAAAGUCCAGUGCCCUCAAAAUCUACCCUUAAAAACUCUGCAGUAGAUAAAAGUAGAGAGCAGUAUUGCAUGCUGGAACAUCAGAUAGGCACAGCCAGAAUCUUAGUCCUGUUUGGUAAAAACAGGAACAGUUUCUCAGUUUUUGACAAAUUGCCAUAUUUUUUUCAGGGAGAUGUCAUUUUUCUAUCCACCCAUUGCUUAACUUAUUGCUAGCACUGUGUGCAUAAAAAGGUUUACUCUGUUCCUAAGUAACUGAAUUGUACUAUGCAGUUAUAUAAACUGUAACUCUCUAUUGAAACAUUAGUGUGUUUCUGGGUCCAGUAUAAGGGCCCUGCAUCCAGCUUGCCCAGCUCUGUGAAAAGGAUUCAUGCCUUUGAGAGGCAUGCUUUCUUAAAAAGUGGCCAGGCCUCCCCUCUACGUGGGAUCAGACACCCAGGGGAGUGAAUCUCCCUGGCAACGU